CUAGAGGAAGGCCUUAAAAGGGCCGGCCGUUGCUGAGACAUGAUGCUUUCAUUACCAUGCUGUUGCCGGAGCUGCUGCUGCUGCUUGGCCUAGCCGUGUCCAUGUCGGACUCGUACGACGGCAGUGUCAACUAUUGGGAGGCGUUUUCACCGGGCAAGCUGCUGCAACGAUUGGAUGCACUCACCCUGACAGAUGUGGACCAGAGCAAAAUGGGAAAGCUUCCCGAAAUGAUCCAGGUCCUGGCAGAAACUCAGUCUCAGGCCAAGGCUCAGGCCGAACCCAAGGCGGAUGAGGAUGUGGAUGUGGCGGAUGAUGACGUGGAGAGCCUGAGUGGCGAGACCAGCCAUGAAGCGCCGCAUUCUAGUGAGGAUUACGAGCGCAACUACGAAAAGUUUGUGAAGGAAUACUUCGAUCGGGCUUCCUCGGACGAUGGGGAUGAGGGCAGCAGCAGCCUGGAGCAGACACAAGUGGACACCAGCAACCACAAAGAUCAGCGCUGUCGUCGCGUGCAGCGUCAGGGCCAGCUCUGCGAGAUUUGCCGCCAGGCCAAAAACAAUGAAGUCUCGGAGACCUGCAGCUACUCGAAUGCGGAACAGCCGCAGAAGUAUGCCUAUGACAGUGGCAGCCAGUACAAGCGCUAUCGCGACAAUCCGCAGGAGGAUGACGACGGCAGUGAGCAGGAAUCCGUUACCGUAGAGGCAAAGGAGGAGUCAUCCGCCCCCAGCAGCCUUUGUGUGCGUCGGCAGAAGGGUAAGCGCGUCUGCUAUCAGUGCAAGGACAGCAAGGGCAAGCGACUGGAGCGCUGCUACGAUGUCCAGGAAAAGCAAAGAAAGGAGAAGGCCCUAUCCGCAGUCGCAUCCAAGACCAAGACCAAGUCCAAGGCCUCCUCCUCCAAUCGGAAGCCACGUGCCCAACAAUCACAGCAAUCGGAGCAAGAGCAACGCAUCUACAAGCGUACCAUCAGCUACAGCUAUGCGAAGGGCACCAAUCCGGAUGAGGAGCAGCCGCAGCCGGCGGAGAUCACGACUGAAGCAGUAGCACUGCCAGCUAACCAACAUCGUCGCCGCCGCUUGGUCAAAAUACUUCGGCGACGGGGCCCCGUUCCAUGAUCGCACAUUUCAUUCCCGUUCCCGCACCGCUCCCCCUGCUCCCAGUAGCUAAGAUCUAAUAUUACAAAUUUUUUUGUUUGCAAUAAAAGUUUUCAUACAGAAAAGG